CCGUAUUUCCCCAUCUCGUCUCCAUGUGGGGACUAAUUUGCAUUCGAAUGGUCAUUUGCUUACCCUAUAAACGUAGGACUGGUUUUCUCUUUAUGCUUUGCUUAACCGGUCCGUUGUAAACGCCCACGCCCUAGACACAGUUCCUGUAAUAUUUUUGUUCCUGAGCUAGUUUGCCGUAGAAAAGUACAUUGAGGGAACAAUAUCUGUGGACUGUUAAUUGAAACUAAAGCAUGGUGGGAAGUGUAAACGGGGAGGUGGAAGAUGCUGCCUUAGAAUUGAAGGAAUUGCAACUUGAUCAGAAAUCCGUUUCUCCAUCGAAUGGGGUGGAGCCCAUGGAAGCAAAGAAGAAAAAGAAAAAGAAAAAGAAGGCAGCUGUUUCAGAAGAACAAAGUGUACCUUCAGAGCCCUCAAGUGGAAAUGGUCAACAAAGUGAAGUUCCAUCGACUGGGUUGGAUGAUGAUGAUGAAGAGGGUCAGGGAGAUGGUCUAGUGUUAGCUGCCCCAGAAGCUGCAAAGAAGAAAAAGAAGAAGAACAAAAGCAAGAAAAAGAAGGAACCUCUUGAGCAGACAGAUCCUCCCUCUAUUCCUGUCAUUGACCUCUUUCCUUCUUGGGAAUUUCCGGAGGGUGAAAUUCAGCAGUACAAAGAUGAUAAUCUCUGGAGGACAACUUCUGAAGAGAAGAGGGAACUUGAGCAUCUGGAGAAACCCAUGUAUAACUCAGUUCGGCAAGCUGCUGAAGUUCAUCGGCAGGUUCGGAAAUAUAUCAGAAGUAUUGUAAAGCCAGGGAUUUUAAUGAUUGACCUAUGUGAAAAGUUGGAAGACAUGGUUCGGAAACUAAUUUCAGAGAAUGGUCUCCAAGCAGGCAUUGCUUUUCCAACUGGAUGCUCAUUGAACUGGGUUGCAGCACACUGGACCCCAAAUUCUGGAGAUAAAACUGUACUUCAAUAUGAUGAUGUCAUGAAGCUUGAUUUUGGAACACACAUUGAUGGACGCAUAGUUGAUUGUGCUUUUACUGUGGCAUUUAACCCCAUGUUUGCGCCACUUCUUGAGGCAGCAAAAGAGGCCACAAACACUGGCAUUAAGGAAGCUGGUAUAGACGUUCGCAUAUCUGAUGUCGGUGCUGCAAUCCAAGAGGUCAUGGAAUCAUAUGAGGUUGAAAUUAAUGGGAAGACAUACCAAGUCAAAAGCAUUCAGAAUUUGAAUGGACAUAGUAUAGGUCCCUAUCAAAUUCAUGCUGGAAAAUCAGUCCCUAUUGUGAAGAACGGAGUCCAGACAAAGAUGGAAGAGGGUGAAUUUUUUGCAAUAGAAACUUUUGGAUCGACAGGGAAAGGUAUUGUAAAAGAAGGUUUGGAAUGUAGCCAUUACAUGAAAAAGUAUGAUGUUGGGCAUGUACCUUUAAGAUUACCUCGUGCAAAACAACUUCUUGCAACCAUCGACAGGCACUUUUCAACAUUAGCCUUCUGUAGACGUUAUUUAGAUCGGAUUGGGGAGACAAAGUACCUAAUGGCUCUGAAGAACCUCUGUGACGCUGAAAUAGUGGAGCGGUAUCCCCCUCUAUGUGAUGUGAAGGGAAGUUAUGUGGCACAAUUUGAGCAUACCAUCUUACUUCGGCCAACCUGUAAGGAGGUGAUAUCUAGAGGUGAUGACUAUUGAUGUUUCACCGAAAGAGGACCAGUGUUUCUCUUGUGGUUAUCAAUAUUGCCGACCCUCUCUAGAAGGCAGCCCAAAGUUUUGAGUCUAUUUAGGCAGAUUUUGCUGUAAGUACUAUAUUUUUAUUUGCAGUAUGUAAAUGAUACCUGUGUUUUUGAGGUUCAACUUAUUAGAAAUUUUUGUGAACUUUAAUUAAAUAGCAUUACAAAUCAAUCUAAAUCUCUCAUGUAGCAAUGAGGGAGGAGUGGUUAUUGAGUUUUGUUUAUCGACUAGUAAAUUAUGAUAAUUGCUUACAAAGCAGAGUGUGGAUUGUCUUAGAUUCUAUUGUAUUCCUGUAUAUACCUUAUUGCGAAUCAGUGGGAUGCAAUGCAUGCUUGAAUUCAGACUCCUUAA